AUUUGCCCUAUUUACGCACCAAUUAUUGUUUUCAAGCAAUUGGUUUAAACAAUUUCCACACUUUUUUCAGCUUGUCUGUUCGAAUCGAGUUUGCAACUGCAGCAAAAUCCUCUAGCACGCGCAGAUAAAUGCUAUCGUUAUUGACAUUUCAGCAGAAGGAUCAAAUAACAACAACACAUUAAUAUAUCUCGCCAGUCGUAGAUAUCAGGAAAAAAAGUCACAAACUCGCAAUAAUCCGACAAAAAUACGAUGCAAAUCUGCGUGCUGCAAGCGUACGUUGUCGAAUGAUGCGCUAUUCGGAAAUACCGCGCGAGCUUGCCGAUAGACAAACGUGCAAAAGCAGGGUAGGUCGUGAUACGAAAACUGGUCGAAGCUUAUCGUCAACAGGCGGCCACAACGAAUCGUACGAUGGCGAUGGUGAUGAUGGAUAUGAGCGAUUCUCCACCUCCUCCUCUGGGAACGUUUCGCAACAGCAUGUGGAAAAAGCGCUCGAUGGAAGCAUCGAUGCGCCAUUGAUCGAGGACGGCAAACGCAAGCCCGAACGCCAGCGCGAUCGUCAACCGCUGGACGAUAAACACUUGUGCCAUAAAGCAACUGCAGGUUCGAUCGAAAGUCUCAACGAUGGAUGUACGGCAACGUCGUCAUUUAGGCCAUGGCAUAGUUAUUCGAAAAAAUCGUACAGUUUACCACCGAAUACAACGAUCAGUGACGUGGGCUCGAUUGUAUUCAGUUGCCAGCAGGUAUCACCGGCCGAACUGGCCGCACAGAUAACGCUGCUGGAUUUUCCCAUUUUCAAUGCAAUUCAACCCGAGGAGCUGACCGGGUGCGGCUGGACGAAGAAAAACAAACAUACUCUAGCGCCGAAUGUGGUGGCGUUCACCAAACGCUUCAAUCAUACGACGUUUUGGACUGUACAGGAAAUACUCAACGGCGUCAGUCCGAAGGAUCGGGCCGAGAUUAUCAGCCAUUUUAUUAAGGUGGCUAAGAAAUUACAUGACAUCAACAAUCUUCAUUCUUUAUUUGCCGUCAUAUCUGCACUCAAAAGUGCCAGCGUGCAUCGGCUUAAAGAAAGCUGGUUACUGGUGUCCCGCAAAGACCAGCAACAGCUCGAUCGGUUGAGCCUUCUGUUUGAUGAAAGCGACAAUUGGGCGGCACUACGAAAAUGUUUAAAUCAAUUCAAACUUCCUGGAAUACCGUACCUAGGGAUAUUUCUGACGGAUAUUAUCUACAUCGAUUUAUUGCACCCUAGCAAAUCGCGCGAGGAGAGUUAUGCACGCGAAACCAAAAUGAACAAUGUGUUGCGGGUGUUGUCUAGCUACCAAAGUUCGAACUAUACGUUCAUCAGUCCGGUACCACCGACGCUACGUUACCUGCAGUCCCGGCGAUACAUUGACGAGCUUCAGAACAUAUUUGAGGAGGAUCAAUACAAAAAAUCUCUCAAUUUGGAGCCAACUGCAACCGCGUCAUCAGGCACAUCGUCGUCGGUCGGUACUGUGCGUUUACCAAAACCAAAAACGGACCACAGUGAUAUCGGUAGCCGCAGCCUGAGAACUUCCAUCGCUUUGACCGAGGGUGAAGAUUCUCAAGAUUCAGCGCUAUGCGUACCAAACACUAGCCAGAAUACUGCACCAAACACACGGCAGUUUAUACCUGGCCACAGGAAAUGUUACAGCUUAGGAACAAACAUUUUUUAUCCCAGAUCUUCCGAACAGUCAAGCGCCUCCUCAUCCGGAUCGAGCAGCCGUCACACGAAGGUAGUGGAUGGUUUGAGCAAGAUGCGCCAUUUGCUCGACGAUUCCUACGUGGAGGCAAAGCGCGCAAACAGCAUCGGUGCAACCGGUGUUAGCGGUCACAGUAGUGAUCACGAAUCGGAACAUCCAACCGCACUCCAGUUGGUCGAGCUGGAACCGAUCACGAGUGGCAAUUUAGUGGAAGGUUACCUGAAGCGAAAAACUGUCCUCAAGUAUGGUCGCAAACCGACCGUAGCGUCCUGGCAACGAUACUGGGUACUGAUAUGGUCCAACACGAUGAUCUACUUUCCGCCGAAAACGUUUAAAGGCAACGAACGAAGUAAUUUUAAAAAGGAACCAUCCAAAAUAUUCCCCCUAGAAGGAUGGACCGCCGAAGAGUCGGAUCUUCCGCUGCAGGAUGAAUUCUUCCAGCUGGUAAAUUACAACCAUGGACACGCGUAUCGUUUCAAAUCUGGUUCCAAUGCUUCCGCCAAUCGAUGGCUAGCGGCACUGAAGCAGGUGACAACACCUAAACCAGCGGAACCACUAUCUAUCUCACUGAAUCUGAUAUCAUUUGAAUAGCGAGCACUUUACCCCCCUUUCUUUCGCAUUGAUUUUCUCCCCAAUCUUUUUUUUUUUGGUUUGUGAACGUUGAUAUUGCAAAAUCGUACUCAAAAGAUUGUCUGUGGUACGAUCACAUUUAGCAAGACUGUUUUGUUUGUGUGCUUACGCAUUCUUACAUAUUAUAUGCCUCAGUAGGAAAAAGGAAUACGCGCAUAAUUAUGUCCGCUUUCCGCUUAUUGUAAUGAAUUCUCAAUUUUUGUUUUCAAUUUUUGGCUGAUUGUUUGUGAAUACAUAAUUAGACCUAUCAGGGCCAGUACGGAAAUAAUUGCUUUGUGCCUAGUAUUGAAUCGGUGGUGUUAAUCAAAAUAGCCCGCGUAGUUGUUAAUAACCCCGGUAUCACUUUCUGUUGUGGUAUUUUGAAAACGCUGUUCGCACAGUAGGGCGAUACAAAACACUAGGCGAAAACAGGAGCAGCAGGAGAACAAUGUUUGCAGCAUGCAAAUGGUCGUGUAACACAUUAUCAAGCUUAAAAGUACCAAUAAAGGUGUUUUCAAAAAUGUUAAAACGAAAA